GAAAAUGACAAUCGCUAAAACCUCAGCGAGUAGCAGUUGAGGAAAGCGUGGGUGUGUAGAACUAAAAUCAGUUACAUGGCAAUGGGAAGGCAGAGGGAGAGAGUGAGAGGAGUGUUGCCCAAGAGAAUAAUACUGGUGCGUCACGGCGAGUCGCAGGGGAAUCUGGACACCGCCGCGUACACAACCACCCCCGACCACAAGAUCCAGUUGACGGCGGAAGGCAUUGCGCAGGCACGCCUUGCCGGGGCACGUAUGCGCCACGUCAUGGCUCGCGAGGGGUCUCGGAAUUGGCGUGUCUACUUCUACGUGUCACCCUACGCGCGCACCCUAUCCACGCUCCGGGAGAUUGGUCGAUCGUUUUCCAAGAAGCGCGUGAUUGGCGUGAGGGAGGAGUGCCGCAUUCGGGAGCAAGAUUUCGGAAAUUUUCAGGUGCCGGAGCACAUGAACCUCAUCAAGGAAACUCGCCAGCGCUUCGGCAGAUUCUUCUACCGCUUCCCCGAGGGCGAGUCCGCCGCUGACGUCUUCGAUCGCGUUUCGAGUUUCCUUGAAUCUUUGUGGAGGGACAUUGACAUGAACAGGCUUAAUCAUGAUCCUUCUGAUGAUCUGAAUUUGAUAAUUGUGUCACAUGGGUUGGCAUCGCGUGUUUUCCUCAUGAAAUGGUUCAAGUGGUCUGUUGAACAAUUUGAGCUUUUGAACAAUUUUGGGAACUGUGAGUUUCGCGUGAUACAGUUGGGGAGUGGUGGAGAAUACAGCUUGGCAAUUCAUCACACAGACAAAGAACUGCUUCAAUGGGGUCUCUCUCCUGAUAUGGUAGCUGAUCAGAAAUGGCGAGCUCAUGCCAGCAGGGGUGCAUGGAAUGAUCAAUGUUCAUGGUACCUUGAUGCUUUUUUUGAUCAUCUUGCCGAUUCUGAUGAUGAAAAUGUGGAUAAACAAGAUGAGAAUAAUUCUUUGACUGUUCAUUCUUAGUGUUGGAAUUCAUAUUUAACAUUCACUAGACAAUUUUGAUCAAAGAAAUUUUCAUUUCCAAAAUAGAAGAGGAAAAUUAAGAAAGAAGAGGAUGAGGUGAUAAUAGGUUGUUCCUUGCUAGUUGGCAUCUCUACUCACUUAUUCAUCAUCAUAAAACUCAUCCAUUUGUGUGAUGCAUAAUGCAUGCAUCCUGUAUUAUACAUUAUGAUAGAAUUUAGAAGAGCAUGAAUAUAUUUAUGUAUAUUGGACGCACUCAGUCAACGUCGCUUGGUGUGAAAAUUUCUUCUGAAUU